AUGACCAACAGUGACGAAAUUACUGUAACAACAAAAUCAACAGCAAUUAUCAAUACUAGUGCUGGAUCAGCUCUUUCAAAUACAAAGGCACUCCUCGAUGAUCCAAAUUGGAAAGAAAAAUUGAAAUUACCACCCAAAGAUAGCCGACCAAAAACAUCCGAUGUUACCAACACCAAGGGACACAGUUUCGAAGAUUAUUGUCUUAAACGAGAAUUGCUUAUGGGUAUCUAUGAAAAGGGCUGGGAAAAACCAUCACCAGUUCAAGAACAAUCGAUUCCAAUUGCUUUGACCGGCCGCGAUGUUCUCGCUCGAGCAAAAAAUGGUACAGGUAAAACAGGCGCCUACACUAUCCCAAUUAUUGAACGAAUCGAUCCAACUAAAAAUGUCAUUCAAGCAAUUAUCCUGGUUCCAACUCGAGAACUAGCCUUACAAACCAGUGCCAUCUGCAUGGAAUUGUCUAAACACAUUCAAUUACGUGUGAUGGUCACCACAGGUGGUACAUCAUUACGUGAAGAUAUUACACGUUUACAAGAAGUUGUGCACAUCAUGAUUGCCACACCUGGUCGCUUGUUAGAUUUGGUGAACAAAAACUUAGCUAAAAUCGAUGCUUGCCGUGUGAUUGUUUUGGAUGAAGCUGAUAAAUUACUCUCACAAGAUUACAAUCAUCUUUUGGAUGAAUUAUUGUAUGCUAUGCCAAACGAUCGACAAGUCAUGCUUUUCUCAGCGACAUUCCCAUUGACAGUCGAUGAUUUCAUCAAGAAACAUAUGAAACAAGCCUAUGAAAUUAACUUAAUGGACGAAUUAACGCUCAAAGGUAUUACACAAUACUAUGCUUUCGUUCAAGAACGUCAAAAGAUCCAUUGUCUAAAUACACUCUUUUCCAAAUUACAAAUUAACCAAUCAAUUAUUUUCUGUAAUUCAACACAACGUGUUGAACUUUUAGCCAAAAAAAUAACUGAAUUAGGUUACAAUUGUUAUUAUAUUCAUUCAAAGAUGCGACAAGAACAUCGCAAUCGUGUCUUUCACGAUUUCCGUACUGGUCUUUGUCGUAAUCUUGUUUGUUCAGAUUUGUUUACCCGUGGUAUUGACAUUCAAGCUGUAAAUGUUGUGAUUAACUUCGAUUUUCCUCGUUUCAGUGAAACAUAUCUUCAUCGUAUUGGUCGCUCGGGCCGUUUCGGUCACUUAGGUCUUGCCAUCAGUUUAAUUACACACGAAGAUCGAUUUGCUGUACACAAAAUCGAACAAGAAUUAGGUACAGAAAUUCAACCAAUUCCUCGUCACAUCGAAGAGGAUUUGUAUGUGGCUAAGACACCAGCUCUCGAACAUACAAUGGACGAUCAACAUCUUUCAGAUAAAUGA